AUGGCCGCGGUGGGCCCGCGGGCCGGGCCGGGCGCCGGGGCGGAGGCGCUGGCCCUGGCGGCCGAGCUGCAGGCCGAGGCCACCUGCGCCAUCUGCCUGGAGCUGUUCCGCGAGCCCGUGUCGCUCGAGUGCGGCCACAGCUUCUGCCGGGCCUGCAUCGCGCGCUGCGGGGAGCGCGCUGGGGCCCCCCGCGCCGCGCCCGCGCCGCCGCCGCCGUGUCCGCAGUGCCGCGAGCCCGUGCGCGCCGCCCAGCUCCGGCCCAACCGGCCGCUGGCCGCCGUGGCCGCGCUGCUGCGCCGCUUCGGGCCCGCCGGACCCGGGGCCGCGGCUCCGGGGGGCCCCGGCGCGCCCGUCUGCGCGCUGCACCACGAGCCGCUCAAGCUCUUCUGCCAGGACGACGGGCGCGCCAUCUGCGUGGUGUGCGACCGCGCCCGCGACCACCGCGACCACACCGUGCUGCCCCUGGACGAGGCGGUGCAGGAGGCCAAGGAGCUCCUGGAGACCAGGCUGAAGGCUUUGAAGAAGGACCUGGAGGACUUUGAGGUGUUCCGUUCCACAGAAGAGAAAGAGAGCGCAGAGCUUUUGAAGCAGAUGGCAGCUGAGCGGGAGAAGGUAGGGGCCGAGUUCCAGGCGCUCCGGGCCUUCCUGGUGGAGCAAGAGGGCCGGCUCCUGAGCCGCCUGGAGGAGCUGUCCCGCGAGGUGACGCAGAAGCAGAACGAGAACCUGGCCCAGCUCGGGGGCCAGAUCACCCACCUUGCGAAGCUCAGCAGCCAGCUGCAGGAAACCGUGUGCAAGCCCGACCUUGACUUCCUGCAGGAUUUCAAAAACACACUCAACAGAUGUAGCAAUGUGCCUGCCCCCAAGCCCACCACAAUUGCUUCUGAAAUGAAAAGUAAAGUAUGGAAUGUCUCCCUCAAGACCUUUGUCCUCAAGGGGCUAUUCAAGAAGUUUAAAGAAGAUCUUCGGGGAGAGCUGGAGAAAGAGGAGAAAGUGGAACUGACCUUGGACCCUGACACAGCCAACCCCCGGCUCAUCCUCUCCUUGGAUCUCAAGAGCGUGCGCCUCGGCCAGCGCGCCCAGGACCUGCCCAGCCACCCGCGCCGCUUCGACACCAACACCCGGGUGCUGGCCUCCUGCGGCUUCACGUCGGGCCGCCAGCACUGGGAGGUGGAGGUGGGCGCCAAGGACGGCUGGGCCUUCGGGGUGGCCCGCGAGAGCGUGCGGCGCAAGGGCCUCACAGCCUUCACCCCAGAGGAGGGGGUCUGGGCGCUGCAGCGCCACGGCGGCCAGUACUGGGCAGUGACCAGCCCCCAGCGGACGCCCCUCAGCUGCGGCCCCCUGUCCCGCGUGCGCGUGGCCCUGGACCUCGAGGUGGGCGCUGUGUCCUUCUACGCCGCUGAGGACAUGCGCCACCUUUACACCUUCCGCGUCAACUUCCAGGAGCGCGUCUUCCCCCUGUUUUCUGUCUGCUCCACCGGGACCUACCUGCGCAUCUGGCCUUGAGGGGGUCUCCAGGCCCCCCAGAGACCACCGUGCUGGAUUCCUCUAGCUGUUCACAAGACAGAAUCUUUGGCCACCAGCCCCAAAACUUCCUGGCUGUGUUUGGGUGGUGGUGGCGGGAGCCACACCGUGGAUGCUCAGGGCUCACUCCUGGCGUGUCCUGGGGGUUGAACCCUGGUCAGCUCCGUGCAGGCAAUGCUUUAUCCACCAUACUUCCUCUAGCCCGUUUGUUUCACAUCAUACCUGCUCAUCCUGGCUUUCACAGGGGAUCAUGCGUGGUCCCAGGGGUCAAGCCUGGGUCAGCUGCAUGCAAGAUAAUCGCCUUCCUGCUGUCCUGUCUCUCCAGUCCCCUUCCUGGCCAUUUGGUGCUGACCAGCAGUGUUCCACUCCAGGCUGCCCCAGAGGCGGACUAGAGGUGUGCUUGGGGGGAAAUGACCUCUGUGGUCAGCUGGGCGGGGGAAGUCGAGAUGCCAUGGCCCCUUGAGUCCUGCUGCUGCUUGACCUCAGCAUCUGGGUCUGGCUGGAGCCGUGGGGAGGCUGAUGAGAGCUGGAGAAGUGUUCCUGGCAGAGGGCGUCUGCCCCCGUGUUCCCGUCCUCGCCCAGCAAGGCUCUGCAGCGCCACAGAACAGCACGAGCCUUGGCCCCCGUUGAUCUCAGUUUGCCCACAUCCUUCCACCAGCAGAGUCUGCCUUCUGGAAUCUGGCUUGAGAGGCACACUGGGCUCCCAGUUUGAAAGGUCCAGAAUUUUCCACAGGAGCAUUCCCCUCCCCCCGCUGAAAGCCUGGUGAUACAGAGUGGUGCGUGUCACUUCAGCUACGGAGAGCCAGCUACUUUCAAUGGCCUACCCCCCUUCACAUGGUGAAGUCCAGACACUGAUGGGACAGAGCAGCAGGCAAGGGGCUGGUCUUGCAUAUGACUGACCCAGGUUUGAUUCCUGGCACCCAAGAGCACCUCCAGGAGUGAUCUCUGAGCACAGAGCAAGGAGUAAGCCCUGAGUGCUGCUGGGUGUGGCCCCCAAACAAAACAAGCGUCCCAGUACAGUUUCCCUGGGGUCAGGAGAAGUGCUAAGAUUCUGAAACAGAGGACAGCUACUCAAUUUGAUGGACGCACAACCUUGAUCCUUGUCUUCUGUCAAUCGAAGAGAACCUUUGUUUCAUGGCCUGCUCAGCCAGGCAGACAUUUGUUCUUUGGCAAACUGUUCCUCAGCUUCUGUUUGGGGGGGUGGCAGUGGUGGGGGUCCCCUGCUCAGAGGUCCUCAGGGUGAUGGAAAUACAGACUGUGAGUUCA